UCAAUGCACGUCAACCAGAGAACAUGAUGCCUCCUGCAAGUCAACUCGUGUACUCUCGCAAACACAGCUGAAAUAUUAGAGCUCUAUUGUAUUGAAGGAGGUGGCGUGAUAUAUCGCCGCGCUCCUAAACGCUCCCCUGCUUCUUCUGCUGAGACUGGAGCGGACCGUCAGCGGCACGCUGGCAUUUCUACAAGUUUUAGCCUCUGCCGACCUCGUUAUCUUGAGGCUCAAGUGGCAGGUCUCUAUCUUCUCGCCACAAACCCUAGUGUUUCACUAACAGCAUGGUCAUGGCUGACUGUCACCAAAAGCCAGUGCUCAGGGGUCCCGUCCGAGUGGGCUUCUACGAUAUCGAGCGGACUCUUGGAAAGGGCAAUUUCGCUGUUGUGAAACUGGCAAAACAUCGUAUAACCAAGACAGAGGUGGCUAUAAAGAUCAUCGACAAGACCCAGCUGGAUGCUGUGAACCUGGAGAAGAUCUAUCGUGAAGUACAGAUCAUGAAAAUGCUGGACCAUCCGCACAUCAUUAAACUGUACCAGGUAAUGGAGACCAAGAAUAUGCUGUACCUUGUGACGGAAUACGCCAAGAAUGGGGAAAUCUUUGACUACCUAGCCAAGCAUGGACGGCUGAGCGAACCAGAGGCACGACGCAAGUUCUGGCAAAUUCUGUCUGCUGUUGAGUACUGCCACAAUCGAAACAUCGUUCACCGGGACUUGAAGGCGGAGAAUCUGCUGCUAGAUGGACACAUGAACAUCAAGAUUGCUGAUUUUGGCUUUGGAAAUUUCUUCCAGUCAGGAAAGCCCCUGGCCACAUGGUGCGGGAGUCCUCCAUAUGCAGCCCCGGAGGUGUUUGAGGGACAGCAGUAUGAAGGACCCCAGCUGGACAUCUGGAGUAUGGGGGUGGUUCUGUACGUGCUGGUGUGUGGCGCCCUGCCCUUCGAUGGCCCCUCUCUCCCUGUCCUGCGGCAGCGUGUUCUGGAGGGCCGUUUCCGUAUCCCUUACUUCAUGACAGAAGACUGUGAGCAUCUGAUCAGGCGGAUGUUGGUGUUAGACCCCUCCAAGCGUCUGUCUAUAGGACAAAUAAAGGAACACAAGUGGAUGGUGAUGGAGGUGCCUGUGCAGCGGCCUAUGUUAUAUCAGCAGACUGCAGAGGGGGAGGCUAGUGUGGGAGAAUACAGUGAACAGGUGCUCCGGUUAAUGCACAGCCUUGGCAUCGACCAGCACAAAACCGUAGAGUCUCUUCAGAAUAAGAGUUACAAUCAUUUUGCUGCUAUCUACUUCUUGCUGGUUGAGAGGCUAAAGGCCCACCGCUGCAGUUUCCCAGUGGAGCCCCAACUCGAUGCCCGCCAGAGACGUCCCAGUACGAUUGCAGAGCAGACUGUCGUCAAGGCGAGCAGCGCUGCUCCUCAGGUGAGCCUCCUGCCUCAGAACGUACGUCUCCUGCGAUCCCCAGCUGUGCCUCAAGCCUCUGCAGACUCCUUCACGUUCCCACAGUCCUGUGCUACAGAACACAGCUUCAUGGAGGAGGUUGGGACUCCCAAAGUCAACGGCUGCAUGCUGGACCCCCUGCCCCCUGUGGCUAUUCGCAAAUCCAGCGCCUCGUCGCCCAGCAACAUGAUGGAGACCUCUAUAGACGAGGGCAUCGAGACGGAGGAGCUGGACACUGAGGAUGAUCAUACUCAUGUCUUCAAUGCCUAUCAGACAGCCCGCUUUGGACAGCGCAGACACACGCUGUCUGAGGUCACCAACCAGCCAGGAAUCAUUGGAGGCAAACUGUUUAGCGUGGGUCAUAACCCCUCUCUGGGCAGCGUGGACUCGGAGUACGACAUGGGCUCCAUGCACAGUGACCUCAGUCUGCUGGAGGAUGCACCCUCUCUUAACGAGGUGGUCCUGGCCAACACACCAGUCACCCGCAUGACUCCACCCUUCAUGAGUGCUCUGCCCGCUAACCCUGCCAUGCAGGCACUGAGCGCCCAGAGGAGAGAGACACACAACCGCUCUCCCAUCAGCUUCCGCGAGGGCCGCAGAGCAUCAGACACCUCACUUACACAAGGCUUGGUGGCCUUUAGACAGCACCUACAGAAUCUGGCACGGACCAAAGGUAUCCUGGAGCUAAAUAAGGUGUAUGAGCAGAUGGGCUCUGGAGAAACCCCUUCCCUGGGGCUGCUGAGCCCUCAGGCCCAUCCACAUGACUUAUUGGAUCCUGCACUACAGGAGGAAAGAGGUCACCACCACGACAUGGCUCUGUUCUCAGGUGGAACACACCCCGCACUGUUGUCAAGGAGACAGAGUCUGGAGCCGCAGUACCUCUCUCACAGAAUACAGAAAGCCACACUGAUGGCCAACAGCCCCAGCAGCUGCCAGAUGUUCUGCAUAGAAACUCCUCGCAGUCUGGAGCAGCAGUUGCAGGAACACAGGCUGCAACAGAAACGUCUGUAUCUUCAGAAACAAUCCCAAAUGCAGUCCUACUUCAACCAGAUGCACAUUGUGGAGGACCCUUAUGCUCCCUGUGCAACCAUGGGCCACCAGGACUCCGGAGUCCCACCUCAGCCACAGGGUUCGAUAUUACCAGCACAUCAGCAGACACAGAGCCCCCAGGCCUCACCUCAGUUUGCACACACACAGCCGUUUGGCCCCCUAAUGGAGCCUAACCCAGAAUCCCUGACCUAUGAACCCUACCUGGGCCAUUAUGCUCAGAUGCAGCCUCUGCCACAAAGCUUCUCCGCUCAGCUGCAUCCCCAACAGCCAGAGCCCCUGAACUACACCUACCCAGCCUGCGAUCCAAGCCACUCCGCCACAGGAGAAGUGCUGUAUCCGGAGCAAUACGACUAUCCGCUGGAUCUCGGGCAGCCGCCUCCACCUGCAGAGGGUGGAGCGACUGGGUUCGAAGGGCGGGUGUUGGCUGACCCAUUUCUGGACAGCGAAAUGGAGACAGUGGACUCCCAGCAUGGUUUUGUGCUGGUGAACUAAGCCGAGACUCGAAUAACCAGUAUUACCUUGAUUUCUGACUCAUUACGGAUGAAUUGACAGAUGAGAUGACGUCACAGGGACGGAUCGAGUUUUGUACGUUCGACGUUUAGGUUGUGGCAAACGUGAGCUGUAAUCUUUAUACUUCACGAAACUCCUCCCUACCUCCCUUCUCGUUCUCCAGUGGUCCCACCUGCUGCUCUCUCACAAUAGAGUGCCGGAUGGUGUGGCGUUUGGGCCAGCCGCAUCGGGGGCUCACCUCCUCUCGCCUCCGAACCGACUGCAGGAUAGGAGCUGCUCGCUACGCACCGUAUGUAGCACAAAGACAGCCUAGAUCUGCAAUACGGAGCCUGCUCGACAGCACAAUUAAAUAUUGACAUGUUUUGUACUGAACAAAAUCA